AUGGCCGCAGCCGUGGAGCAACAGCAACAGCCAGGCCCGGCGGCACAUGGCGUAUCCCAAGACGCGUCUGAUUCUGAUUCACCCGUGCCCAGCCUCUUCACGCAGCCUCCCCCGAUUCGCGAUGCGCUGGAGACGGACUCGUCUCACAUCCAGGAUGAAACCGUCGACGAGUGUCUGCCCUUCCUGACUGGCAAAGAACACCGCUACCUCAACUCCCAUGGCAUCCCUCGCCUGGACAAGGAACGGCAUGCAAGGUUUCUCACAAAGCAGCUAGGAGUGCUGCCGGGCGCAUACGUCGGAGCGGACCCAAGCCGGCCGUGGAUAUUCUACUGGUGCCUGAAUGCCCUGUCUCUCCUUGGUGAGGAUGUUGAGCCUUAUCGCGCCAAGCUGGUCGAGACAGUGCGUCCGAUACAAAACGAAACUGGUGGAUUCGGAGGGGGUUUCGGCCAGGCCUCACACCUCGCCACCACGUAUGCAGUUAUUCUUGCGCUGGCACUGGUUGGUGGGGACGAAGCGUUCGAGGUGGUUGACAGGAGAAGCAUGUGGAAGUGGUUGUGCCAACUAAAGCAGCCGGACGGUGGGUUCCAGAUGGCUGUCGGGGGUGAGGAGGAUGUCAGGGGGGCCUACUGUGCGGCUGUUGUGGUUUCGUUGCUCAACUUGCCCUUGAACCUGUCGCCCGAAUCUCCUGCGUAUGCCGCCGGCCACACUGAUCUCUUUAGUGGGCUGGGUGAAUGGGUACGGCUGUGCCAGACGUACGAGGGAGGCGUGUCAGCAAAACACGGGAUCGAGGCGCAUGGCGCAUACGCCUUUUGCGCUCUAGGAUGUCUCUCAAUUAUUGAUUCCCCACACCGAAGCGUUAGACGGUACAUGGAUGUGCCACGUCUUAUCUCUUGGCUCUCAUCUCGCCAGUAUGCUCCAGAAGGUGGCUUUUCAGGCCGCACGAACAAGCUUGUCGACGGCUGUUAUAGCCACUGGGUUGGCGGAUGUUGGCCCCUGAUCGAGGCCAGUCUGAGCGGGCCUGAGGGGCCGACAGCUGGCCCUGCAGGUCGCCCGCUCGAAGCCACCGAUGCAGACGACAGCUUGUUCAGCCGGAAUGGUUUGAUUCGAUACAUCCUUUGCUGUUGUCAGGACAUGUCUAAGAGGGGUGGCUUGAGGGACAAACCUAGCAACUCCGCACAAACCAAGUGGCGUUUGGUUGCCUCUCGUGCCGAUGAAACCCUUCUCGGAGACGAUCGCUGGGAGGCGUCACCUCACACAAACGGAGUCCAAAUCUUUGACGAAGAAGACCGGAUUGCGACUACCCAUCCCGUCUACGCAAUUCCUCAACACAGAGUCGAUGAGAUUCGAAGUUACUUCUUAUCGAAGGAGAGCUUCUAA